GAAAGUCAGCAAACUUUAAAGAAUUAGGACACAGAAGAAAGAAAGCUUGCGUAAGAUUAAAUGCUGUGAAUCAGCUAAAACACUGUUUGUAAACUUCUAGGUAUCUGUAAUAGGUUUGAUAUAUUACGUCAGCCUGCAUGUAUUUUAAUUCUAAAUCCACAAACGCAGUUUAUACAUGUAACAGACGGUUUAUAAAUAGGCUAGGGACGGAGGUACUCUAGAUUUUGGACACUUUCGACACAUUAACAUAAUGAUUGAUUUUUGGACUAUUUCCCUGGCAAGUGUGGUUGUAUUUUUAUUUAUAUGGUGGCGGAAAACCACUCGAGAUUCUACUCUUCCCCCGGGACCUCCGACUGUGCCAUUUAUUGGAAAUCUCCUAAGUGUAAAUCCACAUACGUUACUGGAGAAAUUUGAAGAGUACAAAAAGAAAUAUGGCGACGUGUUCAGUCUGGUCACUGGUUCCAAGGUACUUGUCGUUGUAAGUGGAUAUGAUACCCUGAGGGAUGUAUUCAUAAAACAUGGAGAUGUUGUAUCCGAAAGACCAGACAUCUUUCUGACAAGGGAAAUUGGUAAAAACAAAGGUGUGUCAACUGCUUCUGGGGCAUUAUGGAAAGAACACAGGACCUUCACUUUAAAUGCACUGAGGGAAUUUGGGUUCGGAAAACGAAGCUUGGAGUCCAGAAUCAUUGAAGAAAUAGAAGUAUUCAUUGAAGAAACUACUUCCAAGAAAGGAGAACCUUUUAACAUUCAUUACUUGAUAAAUGUCUGCAUCUCCAAUAUUAUGUGUUCUAUCGUCUUUGGUCAUCGUUAUGACCAUAGCGAUAAAAACUUUCUGUCUUUGUUAGAUAAGAUUAACCAUAAUUUGAGCAACGAGAAUCUACUUUUUAUUGCAACCAUAUUUCCGUUUGUAAGAUACAUCCCAGGAGAUCCUUGUCGAAUAAAAAAGGUCUUGUCUAAUGUUGAAGACGUGGAAAACCAUCUUCGUCAAAUUUUGAAGGAUCACGAGAAAGAGUUUGACGAAAAUAAUCCAAGAGACUUUAUUGAUGUUUAUAUGAAGAAAAUGAAAUCGGAGAAAAAUAAUCCAAACACAACUUUUGAUGAGGAGCAAUUGUUAAAGAUUCUUGGUGAACUUUUUGUGGCGGGUACAGAGACAACUUCAACUGCUCUUCGAUGGUUUUCCCUAUUUAUGAUUCGACAUCCUGAUGUGCAAGAUAAGAUGCGCAAGGAGAUAAAUGACGUCAUUGGUUCUUCACGAUACCCAAAUAUGGAAGAUAAACAAAAUCUUCCAUAUUGCGAGGCAGUAAUACACGAAGUACUCCGCAUCGGAGCAAUUGCUCCAAUUUCUGUUCCUCAUGGACUGACGCAUGAUCUUCCUUACAAAGGUUUCACAAUUCCAAAAGACGCUCUUCUCAUUCCCAAUUUGUAUUCUGUCUUCUUUGAUGAAAAAAUAUUCCAAGACCCACAUGUUUUUCGACCUGAAAGAUUCUUGGUUGAAAAGGGAAAUCUUCAGAACACCGAGAAAGUUUUGGUAUUCUCGCUUGGUCGACGAGUGUGUUUGGGAGAAGCUUUGGCAAGGAUGGAAUUGUUCUUGUUUGUGACAUCAAUGAUACAGAGAUUUAAGCUUCUGCCCGAGGAUCCAGAUCAUCUGCCACCAGUAGAAGGCGUCCUCGGAAUUACUUUUGCACCAAAAGACUUUGUAUUGAAAGCUGUUGACGUUUAGGACAACAUCAUGUUAACGAAAGCCGUGUAUGAUAAUGCCAUAACACUUCUAUUCAAUAAAAUCCAAAAAUAUA